AACAAACAUUUAUAAAGAACAUCAAUAAUUUGUUGACAAAUUAUAUCGAAGCACUAGGAAAUAUAAAAUUAUGUGCAGGUCUUGAAAUAGCUAUGGAGAUUUCACGACAGGGUAAUGGUUAUCUGCAGGAAUCAAAACUCGAUAAUACUUUCUUGAGAAAUGCGCUUCGUCAAUUAAGUGUACCACUGAGGAAUAUUCCUGAUACGUUUACAAUGGAUAUUGAAGCUGACUACCAAAUCGGCAAAGCCGAAUAUCUUUUCAAGAGGAUUGAUGAAAAAAUGACAGAAGAACUUAGUAAAAAAUUUGCUG